UUUUGUACUAGCAAAGGCUAAAUCCACCACACAGCUUAAUGUGCCACUUGCAGAGGCCUCAUUCCUGCCAUACUGCAGGUCGAGCGUGCACACCAGGAACCCACAAGUAGCUCAAACAGCAGCUGCUGCUUAUUUGAGAGAGACAAUUAGGAAGCUGUUUUUAGCUCCUUUUUAGAAUCUUUUUUUUUCAGGUUUUAGGUGGAAACUCUUCCCAACUCGUUGAGCGCCACAGCUAGAGUUUUCCUGCCUGGCCCACAGUCAGGACAAAUCUCUCUCACCUGCCAGUCCCACAGCCACUCAGACCUGACCAAGUAAACACAGAGACUUAUAUUGGUUACAAACUGUAUGGCCAUGGCAGGCUUCUUGCUAACUGUUCUUAUAGCUUAAAUUAAUCAAUUUCCAUAAAUCUAUACCUGGCCACGUGGCUUGUGGCUUACCGGCAUCUUCACAUGCUGCUUGUCCUGGUGGCAGCUGGCAGUGUCUCUGACUCAGCCUUCCAUUUCCCAGCUUUAUUCUCCUCCUUGUCCCGCCAAUCAGUGAUUUAUUUAUUGGCCAAUCAGCAACACACUUGACAUACAGACCAUCCCACAGCAAUGGUUGGUAUUGAGAUUAAAGGCAUGUGUCUCCAAUGCUGGCUGUAUCCUUGAACACACAGAGAUCUACCUAGCUCUUCCUACCAAGUGCUGGGAUUAAAGGCAUGCACCACCACUGCCCAGCUUUCCUAUGGCUUGCUAAUAGCUCUGACCCACGAGCAACUUUAUUUAUUAACAUACAAAUCACAUUUUAGUAGAAAUAAAAUAUCACCAUAAGCCAGGUAUUGGGGUGAAUGCUGGAAGAUCAGAGAAGCAGAACAAGCCACAGCUAACCUCACCUUGCCAACUUGUCAGCUGAUCCUGUUUCCUCAGACUAGAGGCCUCUGAGUCCUCAUCCAAAUGGAUCUCAGCUGAACUGCUAUUCACAGCCUUAAAGCUUAACCAGCCUAGUUCCUGCUCCUCACACCUUAUAUACCUUUGUGCUCCCUGCCAUCACGUCCUGGAAUUAAAGAUGUGAGUCACCAUGCCUGGGUCUUUCCAGUGUGGCUUUGAACUCACAGAGAUCCAGAUGGAUCUCUGCCUCCCAAGUGUUAGGAUUAAAGGCUUGUGUGCCACCAUUUUCUGGCCUCUAUGUCUAUCUAGUGGCUGUUCUGUCCUCUGACCCCAGAUAAGUUUAUUAGGAUGCACAAUAUACUGGGGGACACAAUAUAUCACCACAUGGAGGGUCAUGUGUCUUUACAUUGCAGGGGUGUGACAUUCUUCCUACUUGCGUAUGUUUUGAAAUUUUUUAUAAAUAUGAGUAUUUUGCCUGUAUGCAGGGAUAUGCACCAUAUGUGUGCCUGGUGCUCCUAGUAGGCAGAAGAUGGUCUCAGAACCCCUGAAAUUGGAGUUAUGGAUAGUUGUGAGCUAUAAUGCAGUGACCUAUGAUGAUGUACAUGUCGACUUUACUUGGGAUGAGUGGGCUUUGCUGGACCCUUCCCAGAAGAGUCUCUACAAAAAUGUGAUGCUGGAGACCUACAGGAACCUCACUGCUAUAGGCUACAAAUGGGAAGACCAUAAUAUUAAUGAAAAAUUUCAAAGAUCUAGAAGAAACAGAAGGCAUGAAAGAAGUCAUACUGGAGAGAAACCCUAUGAAUGCAAUCAAUGUGGUAAAGCCUUCUCACAGCAGAGCAAUCUCCAAAUACACAGAAGAACUCAUACUCAAGAGAAACCCUAUGAGUGUAAUCAUUGUGGGAAAGCUUUUGCCCGUUACACUCAUCUUCAAAGCCAUAAAAGAAUUCAUACUGGAGAGAAACCCUAUGUAUGUAAUCAGUGUGGUAAAGCUUUUUCACAACAGAGUCAUCUCCAAGUUCAUACAACAAUUCAUACUGGAGUGAAACCCUAUGAAUGUAAUCAAUGUGGGAAAGCCUUUGCAUGUUACAGUUAUCUUCAAGGUCAUAAAAUAAUUCAUACUGGAGAGAAACUCUAUGAAUGUAAUCAGUGUGGGAAAGCUUUUGCACGUAACAGUAAUCUUGAAAGGCAUAAAAUAACUCAUACAGGAGUAAAACCAUAUGACUGUAAUCAAUGUGGGAAAGCCUUUUCUCGACAGAGUUAUCUACAAAUACAUAAAAGAACCCAUACUGGAGAGAAACCCUAUGAAUGUAAUCAAUGUGGGAAGGCCUUUUCACGACAGAGUUAUCUCCAAAUACAUAAAAGAACCCAUACUGGAGAGAAACCCUAUGGAUGUAAGCAAUGUGGUAAAUCUUUUGCAGAUUAUACUUAUAUUAGAGUACAUGAAAAAAUUCACACUGGAGUGAAACUAUAUGAAUGUAAUCAGUGUGGGAAAGCCUUUUCACAACAGGGUUAUCUCCAAGUUCAUAAAAGAAUUCACACUGGAGAGAAACCCUAUGAAUGUAAUCAAUGUGGAAAAACUUUUGCACGUCACAGAAAUCUUCAAAGACAUAAAAGAAUUCAUAUUGGACAGAAGCCCUAUGAAUGUAAUUAAUGUGAGAAAACCUUUUCACAAGAGAAUCAUCUCCAAGUUCAUAAAAGAACUCAUCUGAGAGAGAAACCCUAUGAAUCUAAGCAAUAUGGUAAAGCUUUUGCAUGUCACAGUUACCUCAAAGGCAUGAAAGAAUUCAUAUUGGAGAGGAACCCUAUGAGUGUAAUCAGUGUCAUAAAGUCUUUGCAUUUACCAUAGUCUUUGAAACCAUGAAAGAGUUCAUCCAGGAGUGAAACCUGUAGUGUUUAAUCAAUCUGUUAAAGUCUUCAUAUAUUAGAGCAGUUUUUGAGGACGCAAAAGAACUUACACUGAAGGGGAAUCUAUGAGUAUAAAGGAUUUAGUAAGAUCUUUAGCCAACAAGCUUACAUUUAGUUACUCAAGGUUAUUUAUUGUGGAGAUAAAAUCUGACAAGUGUCAACAAUCUAUUCAAGCAUUAAAAUGUCCUUUUUUAUUUUGUUUUCAUCUACUAACUCAUAUGAAUAAAAGCCCUGUGGAUUUAAUUAGUAAGGCAACCUUUUAGAUAUCAUACUUCUUUUCAAUUAAAUAAAAUAACUCAUCCAGGAGUAAAACUUUAUGGAUGUAUACUAGUCUUUUUCUCUUCCUGUGAUAAAACACAAUGUCUAAGGCAACUUAAAAAAAGAGCUUAAUUUGGCUUAUGGUUCCAAAGCAAAACAAGUUCAUCAAGAGAGAGUCUUGGCAACAAGUGUCAGAAAUAACAGCUCAAGCAGGAAGCUCAGAGCUCACAUCCUCAACAUGAAGCAGGGAGCAGAGAGUGGGAACUGAAGUGGUGUGAGGAUUUUAAUAUCUCAAAAUCCACCACCAGUGACAUAUUUCCUAAACUUUUCCAAAUGAUACCAACAACUGAGAAGUAUUGAUUCUCUGACUUUUAAGCCUGCAUGGUUACUUUUUGUUAUAUGAACCAAUACAUGAUAAAGAAAAAAUUCUGUAGGUAAGCCUUUAGAUGCUUCAACAUCUGGGUUACAGGCAUGAAUGCUUACACAAGAAAAAUAGUCCUGAGUGGAAAUGAUUAAUGAUUCACUUUAAUUUUUAUUUUGUUA